AUGGCACCACAAGAUAGAAAUGAAAAGAUAAUAAGAGAGUUGUUAAAGUUACCAGAUAAUAUGAGAUGUAUGGAUUGCCCUAUUAAAGGUCCUGUAUAUGCUUGUUUAGAUUUAGGUACUUUUGUUUGUCAAUCUUGUUCUGGUAUUCAUUCACAUUUAGGUAGAAGAGUAAAAUCAGUAUCAAUGGGUACAUUUAAACCAGAAGAGAUUACAAAGUUACAAAAUGGAGGUAACAAGGCAGCAAAGCAACAUUGGUUGGGCAAAUGGUCACCAAGAGAUUUCCCAGAACCUGAAGAGGGUGAUACUGCUCGUAUUAAACAAUUCAUCGAGUUAAAGUACACUAAAAAGCAAUGGGUUGAUGAUCAUCCUCGUAUCGAACCACUCUCUAAUAUCCUUGGAAGAGAUAUACCUCCUAUCACUGUUGAAAAGGAUAAAAGAAAUUCUAUCAACUAUGGUAAUAAUAAUAAUAAUAAUAAUAACAAUGGUACUUUUGCAACAUUACCAACAAAUGGAAAUAAUAGUCCACCAAAUCUUUGGACUGAUCGUCCACAACAACAACAACAACAACAAAGAAAUAAUAAUAAUAAUAAUAGUAAUAAUAAUUCAUUACUUGAAUUGAAUGAUAUUUUUAGUGCUCCUCCUUCAAGACCUCAACAACAACAACAACAACAAAAUAAUCAAUUUAAUAAUAAUGGAAACUUUUUCCAACCAUUAAAUAAUCAACAACAACCAAUUCAACCAAAUCAACAAUCAUUUGUUGAUCAUAAUACUCAAAAUAAUCAAUGGUCAACAGGAAAUAAUCAAUGGGAUAAUAAUGUAAAUCAAUGGGGUACUCCUUCUAAUUUACCUCAACAACAACAACAACAGAAUCCAUUUGGUGGAUUCCAACAAUCACCACAACAACAACAACAAAAUCCAUUUGGUGGAUUUCAACAACAACAACAACCACAACCAGGACCAGAUUUUUGGAUUAAUAAACCAGCAAAUACUGGUAGUUAUGGAUCAAGUAAUCCAUUUGGUGGAUUCCAACAACAACAACAACCAUUACAACAACAACAACCAGAGAAAAAAGAUUACUCUGGGGCAUUUGCAGGCCUUUCACCAUUCUCUGGAAACAACUCUUCCUCAAAUCCAACACCACCAAACACAUUUGCCAACAAUUUUGUUCCAACUGCAUCACCACCAACUGGCUCUGUUGGCAGACCUGGAUCCACUAGCAAUAGUGCAAGUGUAACAAAGGUUAACCCAUUUGAAUCAACCUUUAAUGUAAAUCCUCAACAACAACAACAAUCAUUUAACAAUACUGGUAGCAUUGGCAACAAGGUCUCGUCAAAUCCUUUUGCAAACUCUUCUCCAAUGCCUCCAAAUACUGCUUCUGGUAAUCACAACCAACAAUUGGUUUCAUCUCAAAAUAAUCCUUUUGGUGGUAAUGACUUUUUCAGUGGUGGUGUUUCAAAUCAACAACAUCAACAACAUCAACAACCACAACAACAACAACAAAAUAACCAUUUCAAUCAAUUCCAAUCAAGUGGUGCUCCACCAAAGGCUGCUAGUGGAGGUUUUCCAUCGGGUUUAAUCAAUCAACAACAGAAUAAUAAUAAUAAUCAAUUCAAUAAUCAACAACAAAAUAAUAAUAAUAAUCAAUUCAAUCAAUUCCAGCCAUUUAAUCAACAACAACAACAACAAAAUCAAUUCAAUAAUAAUAAUAAUAAUUUCUUUACUAAUAAUCCAGUUCCUGCAUCCAAUGGUAACGCAAACAAUAAUGCAAACAAUUUCUUUUUCUAA